AUGUUAGCACCAUAUGUUAAGGAAGCUUCAAACAAUGAAAUAUUCUCAGAAGUUUCAAACCCAAAUUUGUCUCCAAGAGAUAAUGCUUGCAGCAUUCAGACUAUUAGUAGUCAACUGGCCGAGUUGGUGAGCAAUAACCAAGUUGCUUCUUGUGAGAAUUCGUCCACUUGUUCUGGGAAUUCAAGAUCCGAGGAGAGCCUAAAUGAAGAAGAGGAGAGUAAAAAUGAUACAUAUGGGGCAGUUUCUACGUCCCUUUUUGUACGCAAGAUUCCAAAAGAUUUCAGCUCCACUGGUAUCAGGAAAAUUACCUUCAAAUUCAGCAAGCGUAAGGAGGACUAUGAUAAUCAGUUAUCUGCAACAGUAGUGGGUUCCGGGUCUGAUGGCAUUUCCCAGUGGAAUCAUUCAGCAUCAGAUGAUAUGAAUACAGAAAUAAGUUCAUAUGGGAAGGUUGUUGAUGAGAGCAACAAAGCUUUUUUAUGUCAGCCUAAUAUGGAACUGAAAAUGUCUAAGAAGGUUCUGCCAGACAGUUAUCCCACAACUGUUAAAAAGCUUUUAUCUACUGGGAUUUUAGAAGGAGCUCGGGUGAAAUACGUUACUACUUCACAGGAGAGAGAGCUUCCUGGAAUCAUAAAAGGCUGUGGAUAUUUGUGUGGCUGCUCAUUAUGCAAUUUCUCCAAAAUACUUAGUGCCUAUGAGUUUGAGUUGCAUGCUGGUGGCAAAACUAGACACCUGAAUAACCACAUAUACCUGGAGAAUGGGAAGCCAAUAUAUAGUGUAAUCCAAGAACUCAAGACUGCACCACAUAGUGUACUAGAUGAAGUGGUAAAGAAUGUUGUCGGUUCAUCUGUCAAUGAAGAGUCUUUCCAGGUUUGGAAAGAAAAUCUCCAAGAAAACAGUCAUAUGGUUAAAACUGAGAAGAGACGUCAUAUCAUGUUCCUGGGAUGCAUCAUGCUACCACAAGAGAUUAUGGUUUGUGGCCAUAAUCGCUUAAGAGACCCACCAAGUAGCAGGUUUCUGGAUAAUGAUCUGCAUCGAUUACUUUUCAUGCCUAAUGGACUUUUAGAUGGUGCUGAAUUGGCCUACUAUUCCAAAGGACAGGUGGUUUUUUUGAUGCACUCUCUUCUUUUGCUGACUGCUAGGAUCCCCUUCUCUUCGCCCCUUUUCCCCCAGACAUUUAUAGGUCUCAGUUAUGAGAUUAUUUUCCUUUGUGAGCAGAUUAGUCCUUCGCAGUUUAAGGCUCAUGCUGGAUGGUCUGCUAGACGCCAACCCUACCGGAAUAUCUAUACUUCAGGCGAACUGACGCUUCGCGAUAUAGCUUUGUCAUUGGCUAAUGGACAAAAUCUGGCUACUGGAAGCAGUGAUGAUAUGUGUGCAGCAUGUGGAUCUGGAGGGGAUCUAAUUAUUUGUGAUGGAUGCCCUCGGGCUUUUCAUGCAGUUUGUUUGGAUUUACAGUGUGCACCUAAAGGUGACUGGCACUGCCCAUAUUGUAGAGAUAAAGUUGGUUUUGGACGAAAAUCUGCUGGAGAGUCCUCAAAUACGGGAGGACAUAUUAUAAUUCGGUUGACACGAGUUGUUAAGGCCCUAAAAAUUGAAAUAGGUGGUUGCGUUGUUUGCAGGUUGGCUCACGAUUUUAGUGUUGAAAAUUUUGAUGAACGAACAAUUAUGCUUUGUGACCAAUGUGAGAAGGAGUACCAUGUUGGCUGCUUGCGUGACAGUGGCCUUUGUGAUUUAAAAGAACUGCCCAGGGAUAAGUGGUUUUGUUGUGAUGACUGCAAUAGGAUCCAUGUGGCACUACAAAAUUUAGUUUUAGUUGGUGCGGAGAUGAUUCCAGCUUCAGUGUCAUAUGCAAUACACAGAAAACAUGUUGAGAAAGGAUUCACAAAUGGAGUUUCAAAUGAUGUUCAAUGGUGGAUUUUAAGUGGGAAAAGUCGCUAUCCAGAACAUUUGCCAAUACUGUCUAGGGCUGCUACAAUUUUUCGAGAAUGUUUUGAUCCUAUUGUUGCAACUUCUGGUUGUGAUCUUAUACCUGUUAUGGUCUAUGGGAGAAAUAUAUCUGGGCAAGAAUUUGGUGGAAUGUACUGUGUCGUUUUAAUCGUAAAGUCAGUUGUUGUAUCGGCUGGUCUUCUGAGGAUUUUUGGACGUGAGGUUGCUGAGCUUCCUCUAGUGGCUACAAGUAGAGAGAAUCAAGGAAAAGUAAGUUUUUCUUUUGUUUUUUAAUUUUCUUUAUUUAUUGAUUUUUUCCCCUUCUUUGCAGCCGGAGUUAUUCCUUCCUUUUUUUUUGUUGAUGAUUUUUUUUAUCUGUAGGGAUAUUUCCAAGCAUUGUUUUCAUGUAUCGAUAUUCUAUUGUAUUCCCUGAAUGUUGAAAAUCUGGUACUCCCUGUUGCUGAGGAAGCUGAAUCAAUCUGGACGAAAAAAUUAGGUUUCAGAAAGAUGAGUGAUGAAAGGUUAUUGAAGUAUACGAGGAACCUCCAGCUGAUGAUUUUUAAGGGGACAUCAAUGUUAGAAAAGAAGGUGCAGCAGAUAGCAGAUUAGCAACGCGCGGUUAAAGGUGUAGGAAUUAGGGAUUAUUUUGUUCAUUCUUGG